UUCCCGCACGUCGAGCCAGACAUCCUCCUCGCCAUCACGCGCCAUGCGUUCGACCCGCUCGAGCUCUACAAGCUCGACGAGCACUACCGCGGCUCCUCGGGCACGCCGCCGCCCGCAGACCCGUCCGCGCCCGCGAAGGUCACCACGCGCGACUUCAUCACGCGCUACUACCCCUCCUUCUCCUCGCUCGUCUCCCCCCUCUCCACGUACUUCCGCAUCCUCCUCGCCCUCGCGUCCGCGGCGCCGGCGCCCACACCCUCGUCGCCAUCUGCACCGCCGUCCCCGCACUCACCUUCGUCGACGCCCGGACCGGCAGACGUGCUGGCGAUCGCAUCCGCGAGCACGCAGUACCUCGCGCGGCUGGUCAUGCUCUCGGAAGAGCACCACUGGGCGGUCAUCCUGCCCUACCACAUGGCGUUCCACCGCGCGCGCACGGAGGAGAUGCGGCGCGGCGACUACGGCGGGUGGGCGACGGUCGACGUCGAGCUGCUCGUGCGC